AUGUGGCCUUUUGGUACCGCAUACCCCGAGGUUGGAGCUCAUCAGAUCCCGUACGAUGAAUAUGAUUACAUUGUUGUAGGCGGAGGCACCGCGGGAUGUGCCGUGGCCUCUAGACUGAGCGAGGAUCCAAAUGUCAGCGUUCUGCUUCUCGAAAAGGGCGGUGUCGGAGACGGCUGGCUAUCUCGCGUUCCGCUCAUCUCUGGCAGCCUGGCCAAAUUUCUUCAAGUGACACAUCGAUGGUCGGAAUCCAUUUCCAAUUGCAAUGGGAGACGGACCGACUUGUGGACUGGCGAGGCCCUAGGCGGCUCGUCAAGAAUCAACCAAAUGCUAUACACUCGAGGCGUUCCGGGUGUAUACAAUCAAUGGUCACAAAUGGGGCAUCCAGACUGGUCUUGGGAAAGAGUUGAACCAUUCUUUAAAAGGAUUGAAAACUGCGUCAGCCAUCCCAAAGCUCAGCAUCUCGGCCACGACGGGCCAAUCCAUAUCAUUCAGCAUUUGCCUCAGUUUGAACUGCACAAUCAUAUCGACAAGUCUGCAGCAGCAGUGGGCUUGCCUAUAGAAACGGAUGCAAACAACCCGGCUGGGCCGGCAGCUGGCUACUACUACCUGGACUAUACCGUCGACGGCAAUGGCUUUCGACACAGUGCAUACAAGGCUUACCUCCCCAAGGAAGUGGCCAUUGCUCGAAAGAAUCGCUUGACAAUUUGUACCCGAGUGAUUGCUACUCGUCUCGACCUUGAUUCAGAAAACAGUACCGUCAAUGGGGUAUACAUCAAGUCUACACUUUCUCGAACUGACACUGAAAGACUCGUCAAGGCCCGGAGAGAAGUCAUAAUUACUAGCGGUGCGACUUGCUCCCCGCAACUGCUCAUGUUGAGCGGCAUUGGUCCGGCUGACCACCUGAGAGACCUUGGCAUUUCAGUGAAAAAGGACCUCCCAGGUGUCGGAGCCAAUUUGAGCGAUCAUCACGGUAUCCCAAUCAUGCUCAAGGUCCCCGCUGCAGAUAGCUUUCACCGCAUGGAGUCCGACUACCUAUGGGCCAUUUGGCAAGUUGUCCGUUUUGCGUGGAACAAGAGUGGUUGGCUCAAGGCUGGUACAACAUCGAGCACCAUAUUUCUCAAGACGGGAAACCUCGAUCCCACGGAAGCGACUCUGAGGCCUUCACCAGAUGGUCAGGAAUUUGACGCUGCUGCCCCCGAGAACACUCCCGAUCUUGAAGUCAUGAUAAUCCCAGCAGGCACAGUUGUCGGCAAAUAUCCCGGCGUACCCCUUGUCACACUCUAUACAUGUCUGGUCCAGCCCGAAACUAUUGGACGAAUUGAAUUGACAUCAUUGGAUGCGACUGCAAGUCCCAAAAUUCACUACAACAUGUUGGAGAGUGCCGUGGAUAUCGAAGCCGCCCGCCGAGGAGUGCGGUUUAGCUUGAACCUUGCCGAGCAGUUUAUGCAAUCAUCAGGCUACAAACAUUCUGUCGAGCUGUUUCUUGCGCCCAAUGCCGAGACUAACCGGAAUUGGCGGGAACUCGGCGACGAGGAGAUUGAUGAAUAUGUCAGAUCGUCAAUUCAAUCCGUUGUUCAUCUCGGUUGCACGUGUCGGAUGGCCAGGGAAGAGGAUGGCGGUGUUGUUGAUGAUGAGCUCAAGGUCUAUGGGUUCAAGAAUCUUCGUGUCGCCGAUGCAAGCAUCUUUCCAAGGAUUCCUGCUGCUCAUACCAUGGCGCCUACCUACAUGGUUGCUGAGAGAUGCUCCCAAUUCAUCAAGGAUGCUUGGAAGACGACAUGA